AUGGCCCACCGAACGGAGACCACCCUCCUGGACAAGCUUCUCCUCCUACCACUGCUCGCAAAAGUCCUCAUUGCCGUCUUCUUCCGCGCAAUUUUGACACCGUUCAACACCGGCCCCAAAGGCAAUGGAACCAAAAAAGACCUCAUCUUCGUCGCCCUGCGAACUUUUCUCGGCGGCGUCAACUCCGCACAAGAACACUGGUUGAAUACCCUCCAGAUCACGGACCAGAACUACUUGGACUUUGCCAAAAAGCAGAAUUUCGAGCCGGAGACGAGCACGCUGGAGUCUGGUCUGAAGCUACACUGGCUGGGACCAAGGACGGCGAGCAGAGUCCUGCUGUAUUUCCACGGAGGUGGCUAUGCCAUGUCAUGUUCGCCGGGGCAUUUCCAAUGGCUGUUCGACUUGCAGAACGACAUUUCCAAGGACAUCAGUAUCGUUGUGCCAUCGUAUGCUGUCACUCCUGCGGCUCAGUAUCCUACUCAGCUGAAGCAGGCGGCCGAGGCGUUACAUUGGUUGAUCGAAAAGCAAGGUAGAAGUCCACGGGAGAUCGUCCUCGGGGGCGACUCGGCUGGAGGUAACCUGUGCAUGGCCCUUCUUAGCCACAUUCUCCACCCCCACCCGGACGCUAUCAAGAUCCACCUGCGACAACCCCUCGCCAGUGCAAUCCUGAUCAGUCCAUGGGUCAAAUUCGCUACCGAUGACCCCAGCUGGACGCGGAACGCAAGCACGGACAUGUUUGUACCCACAGCCGGACAUCGCUGGACGGAUUUAUUCCUCGGCUCCUCUCCCAAAGACAACUACAACGAGCCGAUCCGAGGGAACUCAGAGUGGUACUCCGAUCUCGACAAGAUCGUCAGCGAUGUCUUGAUCUGGGGCGGUGGCGGCGAGGUCUUGAUCGACUCGAUUCGAGACUUCAGCAAGACGAUCGAGGCGGCUCAUUCGAAGACUAAACUGGUCGUGGAACCCGGUGCGGGACAUGAGGAGUUCAUUUUCGAUGCGAACUUGGGGUAUAAGGUGAAGCCGGAGGGAACGAGGUUGGUGGAGAGUUGGAUUACCGAGAGGAUCUAGUGUUCGUUCGUGGACCGCCGUGAGUAUAACCCACAGCCCACUAUGUCAGUCCGACCGAGCAGACAUCAUGCACGCAGCCUUGCACCCAUCUUCUCGAAGACCGUGAUCCGGUUGUGGUCAAUCUCAACCUUUCCAUUCGUUGCUCGGAUCUCAUCCGAACUCAACCGACAGCUUUAGCAAGCGG